AUGACUUACAGAGAUAUUAGCCAUCUUUGCGAGAUGGCUCGAGUUCUUUCUUAUCCACGUUUAAUCUCAAUGGAAAAUUUUCGUCAACCAAACUUUCGUCUUGUUGCUGAACUAAUGUCAUGGCUUGUUAAACAAUAUGAUCCAUUAAGUGAUGUUCCAACUGAUAUUGAAAGUGAACAAGAUCGAGUCAUAUUUAUUCGAACAGUUGCUCAAAUCAUUGCUACAAAAGCACAUUUAAAAUUAAAUACAAAAAAACUUUAUCAAGCUGAUGGUUAUGCAGUUAAAGAAAUUCUUAAAGUUAUAACACCACUUUAUAAAGCAUUGAGAGAUAGUGAAAGUAAAGAAUUAGAUGAUGAAGAUGAUAUUGAUAAUCGAUAUCGUUAUACAAUGAAUGACGAUAUUGGUAUACUUAAAAGUGCUCGUUUACUCUGUUCGACUAUCACACAAAAAGGUGCUAAUUUACAUGAAUUAUUAGGAAAAGAACUUGAUGCACGAGAAGCACGUCAAGACGUAAUGAGUCGAACUAUGGAAUUAUCAGAUGUUCGAGAAGGUAUAAAAGAAGCUGAAAGUGCAGCUAGACGUGAAUUAUUAAACCAUGAAAAAUUAAUCGGUAAUGUUCAAAUAGAUGAAGUAGCACUUGAUGAAAAAAUAGCUAAACGUUUGGAAGAAAAAGAUCGUCAUCAACGACGACUUAAUAUGUUAAAGAGUGUUAGACCAUCAUUUAUGAAUGAUUUUGAAAAAUUUGAAAGUGAACUUAAUGAUUUAUAUACAAAUUACGUUUUAAAAUAUCGUAUAUUAUCUUAUUUGGAAAAAGAACUUGAAGGACAUUUUCGAAAUCAACGUGAAAAAGUUCAAGAAGUAUCUCGACAUUAUAUGCAAUCAAUUAAUUCACAGAUUACAGAACAAGAUCAACAAAGAUUUCAUAGACAAUUACAGGAACAUAAUGAUGAAAUUGGUGUACAUAGCGACGAUGAAGAUUCGGAAGAUGAUGACGAUGAUGAAUCUGAAGAUGAUGAAGAUGCAGAUCAACCACCAUUAGCUCGAGGAAAUCAACUAGAAAAUGGUGCAGGAGGCAGAGCAUACGGUGGUAUGACAGGUGAUCUGAGUGAUAAUGAAGAUCAAAUGCAUAUGGGUAGAGGAGGUAAUGAAAAUGGUAUGGAUGAUGAUGAUGAUGACAUUGUAAAUGCGCGUGCGAAUCCUAGACGAGGUGGACGAAAACAACAACGACCAGCUCAUGAUGAUGAAGAUGAUGAAAAUUUUUAG